AGCUGAUGGAAGUGAAAGAGAAAUGUCAAGAACUGAAUGAAGUGGAUGAGAAACUUCAGUGUCAGGAACAUCAUGAUUUCACAACUGGAGGAAAAUCUUUGAGUUACUCAAAGACUAAGAAGAAUCUAUCACCAGAAAAGCAUAAAAGAAAAGCAUCCAAAAAUACUUUCACCUGCUCACAGUGUGGAAAGAUUUUCUCAAAUAAAAGCCGGCUUAAUAAACACAUGAAAGUUCAUAUUGGAGAGAAACCUUACACGUGCCAUCAGUGUGGGAAAAGUUUUGCAUAUACAGUUUGUCUCAAAGGUCAUCUCCGCUUUCACUCUGGAGAGAGACCAUUUGAAUGUGACAAGUGUGGUAAAACAUUUGUUUUGAAUUCAAGCCUAAGAAAGCCUCUAAAAACAGAUGAGAAGCCUUACAAGUGUUCUUUUUGUGGAAACUGUUUUGCACACCUGUCCUAUUUGAAAAUGCACCAGAAAAUACAUAGCGGUGUAGGGGUUCAUAUGUGCUUUGAAUGUGGGAAGAGGUUUAUUACAGCCAGCCUCUUGAAACAGCACCAAAGAAUUCAUGCUGGAGAAAAAACAUACAAGUGCGCACACUGUGGAAAGAGUUUCAGUCUGUCACAAAACCUGAAAAAGCAUGAGAGAAUCCAUACUGGAGAGAAACCAUACAAGUGCUCACACUGUGACCAGAGUUUCGCUCAGUCAGAAGACCUGAAAACACACAAGAGAAUCCAUACUGGAGAAAGACCUUACAAAUGCUCACACUGUGGAAAGAGUUUCAAUCUGUCACAAAACCUGAAAAAACACAAGAGAAUCCAUACUGGAGAAAAACCUUACAAGUGCUCACACUGUGAAAAGAGUUUCACUCAGUCACAUCACUUGAAAACACACGAGAGAAUCCAUACUGGAGAAAAACCUUACAAGUGCUCACACUGUGAAAAGAGUUUCACCCUGUCACAAAGCUUGAAAACACACAAGACAAUCCAUACUGGAGAAAAACCUUACAAGUGCUCACACUGUGAAAAGAGUUUCACCUGGUUACAUUGCCUGAAAAAACACGUGAGAAUCCAUACUGGAGAAAAACCUUACAAGUGCUCGCACUGUGGAAAGAGUUUCACUCAGUCACAAGACCUGAAAACACAUGAGAGAAUUCAUACUGGAGAAAAACCAUACAAGUGCUCACACUGUGAAAAGCGUUUCACUUGGUUACAUUGUCUGAAAACACAUGAGAGAAUUCAUACUGGAGAAAAACCUUACAGGUGCUCACACUGUGAAAAGAGUUUCACUCAGUCAAAAGACCUGAAAACACAUGAGAGAAUUCAUAGUGGUGAAAAACCUUACAAGUGCUCACACUGUGAAAAGAGUUUCACUCACUCACAUAACCUGAAAACACACAAGAGAAUUCAUACUGGAGAAAAACCUUACAAGUGCUCACACUGUGAAAAGAGUUUCACUCAGUCACAAAACUUAAAAAAACAUGAGAGAAUCCAUACUGGAGAAAAACCAUACAAGUGCUCACACUGUGAAAAGAGUUUCACUUGGUUACAUUGCCUGAAAAAACACCAGAGAAUCCAUACUAGAGAGGAACCGUUCAUGUGCUCACACUGUGAAAAGAGUUCCACUCGGUCACAAGACCUGAAAACACACGAGAGAAUCCAUACUGGAGAGAAAUCAUACAACUGCUCUUCAUGCGGGAAAAGUUUCAGGGCUGCAAGUUAUCUAGAUAGACAUGCAAAAAGAAUUGCCCAAGUAGACACAUUGAACAAAAAUCAUCUUCAGGUCCAGCAAGAUUAAGUAAAUAGUUGGAAAGAUGAACCCAAAGAUGGAAUUUUUCCAAACUGAGUAGCAUCCUCUAAGAAAAUUAGUGGUUUCCUUUGUGAACGAUUCAGUCUUUUUAAACCAAUCCUUUAAGUGAACUAAUCGUUCUCGUUCACCUCCAUACACUGACUUAGACUUGGGGUGCAUUGCGACGGCCUCCUCUUUGGCGCCCCCCCACAGGUGGUGCCCUAGGUGACUGCCUAGUUCGCCUACGCCUAGAAACGGCCCUGCUGUUCAGUCACAGUUCAGGACAGCAUGGCAGCAGUCUGGUUGGAUGUUUAUCUGUUAACUGUUUGGCCAAGUUUUUUACUUGCUAAAAUACUUGGAUAUAUUUUCUGGUAGGGUUUUUGAAGUUUAUAAUGCUUUUCAUGCUUUUAUGAAUUGAACAUUACUCAUGUGUUUACUGCUUCCGAUGUAUCUACAUUUUCCAGGGAAAAUUCCUGUAAUAUGUUUACUGACAUUCAUGACGUCUGAUAAUUUAAUAAUAUUGCUGUUGUUUUGAGUCUUCCUAAGUGUGUGCGUGCGCACACCACCGUUUUCUAAUUUUUUACCCCAGUCACAUAAAUGCUCAACUUAUCACUUUCCUUUGUCCUUUUAGCUAAUAGUCUGUUAAAAAGCCACUAAAAGUUUCUACAUGGUAGUUUCCCAUGAAAUGUAUAAACAUCUCAAGUUGUUUAUAAUGUACCAGUUUUAUAGCAAUGUAUGUAUUAAUUUGUAUAGUGUGUUACCUUGAAACUAUUAUAUUGCACAUUUCUGCAUAUUUUAAUGUUUAAUAAAGUAUAUUUUGUC